AUGUUGGAAAAUCUUCAGCAUGAAGCAAACCUCCUUCCACAUGUACAGAUUCAUACUGGAGAGGAAUCUUAUGGAGAUGUUGAAUGUGGAAAACCUUGUUGCUUAAAACAAAACCUCAUAGAUCAUGAGAAUAUGCAUAAUGAAGAGAAAGCACAUGAAUGUACUGAAUGUGGUAAAGUGUUCUCUAGAGUCACGUCACUUACUCAACAUUUAAGAAGUCAUACAGGGGGAAAACGAUAUACCUGUAAUAAAUGUGGAAAAGCCUUCACCCAAAAGGGAAACUUGCUUUCUCAUCAGAAACAUCAUAUUGCAGAGAAACCUUAUGAAUGUGUCAAGGUUUCUAGUCAGAUGUCAAGUCACAUUAGACACCAGAGAGAUUAUACAUGUAAGGAAUGUGGGAAAACCUUUAAUGGCAAAUCUUAUCUGUCUGAGCAUGAGAAAGUUCAUACUGGAGAGAAACCAUUUGAAUGUGACCUGUGUGGAAGAGCCUUCACCCAGAAGCAAUACCUCAUCAAACAUCAGAAUAUUCAUAGUGGAAAUAAACCCUUUGAAUGUCAUGAAUGUGGGAAAGCAUUUAGCCAGAAGGAAAACCUCAUUAUUCAUCAGCGAAUCCAUACUGGAGAGAAACCUUUUGAAUGUAAAGGUUGUGGGAAAGCUUUCAUUCAGAAGUCAAGCCUUAUUAGACACCAGAGGAGUCAUACUGGAGAGAAACCCUAUACAUGUAAAGAAUGUGGGAAAGCCUUCAGUGGCAGAUCAAAUCUCACUGAGCAUGAGAAAAUUCAUAUUGGAGAAAAACCCUAUAAAUGUAAUGAAUGUGGAACAAUCUUUAGGCAGAAGCAGUAUCUCAUUAAACAUCAUAAUAUUCAUACAGGAGAAAAACCCUAUGAAUGUAAUAAAUGUGGAAAGGCCUUCUCUCGAAUCACAUCACUUAUUGUACAUGUGAGAAUUCACACAGGUGAUAAACCUUAUGAAUGUAAAAUAUGUGGAAAAGCCUUUUGUCAAAGCUCUUCUCUUACAGUGCAUAUGAGAAGCCAUACAGGUGAGAAACCAUAUGGUUGUAAUGAAUGUGGAAAAGCGUUCUCUCAGUUUUCAACCCUUGCUCUACAUAUGCGAAUCCAUACAGGUGAAAAACCUUAUCAGUGUAGUGUAUGUGGAAAAGCCUUUAGCCAGAAGUCACAUCAUAUCAGACAUCAGAGAAUUCAUACUCAUUAA